AUGGGAGCAUACGUGGUAAUUAAAGUGCUGAAGCUUAAACCACUCAUAUCUGUUGACCCUCAAGAUCGCUGGAAAAGAAUCUUCCCUAUGUCAUUUGCGUUCUGCAUUAACAUAGUUUUGGGAAAUGUGAGCCUACGGUACAUUCCCGUUUCUUUCAUGCAAACAAUAAAAUCAUUUACUCCUACAACAAUAGUAUGGAGGAAAUAUUUUGACUGGCGUAUUUGGGCUUCUCUCAUACCCAUUGUUGGAGGGAUUCUUCUGACAUCUAUUACAGAGCUUAGUUUUAAUAUGUUGGGAUUUUGUGCUGCCUUAUUUGGCUGUUUGGCUACUUCCACAAAGACUAUCCUUGCAGAGGCGCUAUUGCAUGGUUACAAAUUUGACAGCAUAAACACAGUUUAUUACAUGGCCCCUUUUGCAACCCUGAUCAUGGUGUUACCUGCUAUGUUACUUGAAGGCACAAAAUUCUUGACUGGCUAA